ACUUCCUGACUUGUUGGACGUAGAUUCUAUUUUUGGUUGCGUUCUUGUGCAAUAAAUCUUUUUUUUUCCCUUUUUUUUUUUUUUCUUCCUCGCCGUACGUUUCCGUUAAUUCUCCUUCACAUUUUUAGUUUAUACGCGUGACUGGCCGAGGUUAGAGCCAUUGUUGUUCUCACUCUACAGGCUGAGUUUAGGAGUGUCAGGACGCCAGAAAGUGAAGAGACGUACCGAUAAGAAGGCGACUAAAGGCUUGUUAUGAUUUCAGCAGCGGACAGGUAGGGAUAUAUGAGAGAGAGCGAAUCUACAAUGUGGACUGACAAGCAAAGAGGAAUCAGAGUUUCUCAGGAGAAACUGCUCUGCAAGAACGCCUGCGGAUACUAUGGAAACCCGGCGUGGCAAGGCUUCUGCUCCAAGUGCUGGAGAGAAAGAGCGCGUCCGGCUGCAGCUCCCAGACAGGACACACGGCCGAGCAAUGAUGGCACACCCCCCACAUUCUCCAAGUUUGAGGAGAAGAAAAACAUUGAGAAAGCUCGUCGGAUUAACACCAUGAGGAGACUCUUCUGGGGCAGCCCAUCUCCCCCAAAACCUCAAGAGCCCUCUGAAAGACAAGCAGCUUUGUUAAAGGCCUACCAAAGCCUUGAGCCCGGGGACUUCACAGGUUUCCUGAAGAUUCUCCGGAGUCCUUCUUCCCAGCGUCUGCAGUCCCGCUGUACAGCUUUCCUCAACACAGUGGAGGCUUAUCAUGAUCUGCCGAUACAGAAGCAGUCAGACCUCGUGCAAGAUUUCUACCAGUCUUUUGCUGAAUAUUUUAGCAGUUUACCCGAGGCCCAGGUUACUCAGAUAAUGGAGCAUGUAGAGAAGUUAAUAAUGACACGUUUGCAUAAGUGGGUUUUCUGCCACGAUAGCUGUGAUGAUGAACAGAAGGACCUGGCUCUCCAGAAAAGGAUACGGUCCUUAAACUGGGUUACACCACAGAUGUUGAACGUACCUUACCCGGAUAAAAAGACCUCAGUCACAGGGGACCCCUUUCUGCCUGCAAUAACAGCCAUAAUAGAAAUGGACGCCAAACGAGCGCCUCAAGACAAACUUGCAUGUGUGUCCAAGUGCAGCCAGCACGUCUUCGAAGCCCUCUCCGCCUGGAACAGUGAACCUGCUAAUGCUGAUGACUUCUUGUCAGGCCUUGUUUAUGUGGUGCUAAAGGCCAAUCCGCCUCGCCUGCACUCCAACAUGCAGUAUGUGAUACGUUUCGGUCUCCCUCACAGUAUCAUGGCAGGAGAGAGCGGCUACUAUUUCACUAAUUUGUCUUGUGCGGUGGCCUUCAUUGAAAAGCUGGAUGGACCUGCACUCAGCCUCAGCCCAGAAGAGUUUGAGGGCUACAUGCUGGGUCACCGGGCUCCUACUGCGUUAAAGAAGAGGCAGCAGGUUGCCAGUAACACACAGCACCUGUUAGAAGAGCUUAAAGGCAGGCAGGAGAAGCUGGACCAAGGAGUGGGUACUCUCAAUGUUCAACUACAGAAGUGGGUCCAAGCAGUUCAUUCACAACUGGAUGAGGCAACAACCCAGUUUGCUCUGGUACAGAAGGAGAUAACCGCUCAGGCCGAGCUCCCACCGGCCAUUUCUUUAUCAACUCUGGAUGCAUCACUGCAAAGAGAUGACACGGAGCUGUUAAAAGUUACAGACUGUUAGUUUUUGAAACAGAAACUCUUAAUCUGGUACUUGACUCUUUUUAAUCACCAGCACUAACAAAUGUAGGACCAAUAAGAUUUAUAUUCCAAUGUCACAUUUGCACAAAGAGGGGGUUUGUAUGCUAGCUGAAGAUGAACAACAGUGAAGGAACCUUUUUACGUAUGGUAUCACAGAGUACACGGAGGUUGUUGAAUGACUUGAUUAAAAAAAACUAAUUGCACUUGCAUUCUGUUUGAAGUAUAAAACCGGUUUAUAGCCUUGGAUGGACAUUGAUCACUCAGGUUGCACAUCUCUUAUUACAUAACACUUUAAAGGUGCCUGUGUUUUUUUUCUGAUAGUGAAUACAACUGUGCCUAUCCACGUUGUAGGCUGCUGUGAAAUUCCUAAAUGUGAUCCAGGAAAAAAAAAUGUUUGAUGCCACUUGUCAACCACUACAAGUCUGGGGUUGUAUUUAUGUGCUGUGUAACUGUUUUCAACAUGUUGCCUCCACAGUCUGGCGCAAAAACAUUUCUAAGAUUUAAUGUUCCAUCUGUGUUAAUGAGUGCAGACUCAUUGUUUACAACUGUUGAAAAGUUUCUGAAGGAAAUUGAGUAGUUUAUAUUAUGAUCAGUGAUUGUAUACAUAUUAAUAUUAAAGGUGUGAUUAAAUACA